AUGUCCGUCGGUAUAGGCCUCGGAGAUGUUUGCAUCGUGCUACGUGGAGCAUUCACUAUGUGGGCUGGAGUCCGUGCCUAUUCGGAGGACACUGGGACAAUCCGGGAAGAGAUAUCCCUUUGGAAACUCAGAUUAGAAGAGCUUGACCAGCGAGUCAGAGACGCUAACAUCUCGCCUGGAGCUGCAAGAAUGGCCAAGCGUCAUCUCCUAGAGUCAUUCAAAACGCUCGAAAAAAUCGAAAAGUACCUUUGCGCGCCAGCAACGAAGGGCUCUGCACACUUAAAAUGGGCUGUAUAUCAAAGGAAUAAAGUCAUGAGAUACAAGGAAAACUUGAAUGCCCUUAUGAGUCGGAUCGCGGAAAUGAUGAUUGCGUAUAACGUUCACCACCAGGCUGUUAUGGUACCGACAAACAGCCUUACUACUAUAUCACCUACCCAGUUCAAGGAGGAGCCAGUCAUUUUGGUGGAUGCGAUGGAUGAAAUGGUUUUUUUUUCGGCGGCUUUUUGCCAGGACCUCGAGUCCCUCCAUACGUUGAUUGGCCUCAGAUUCAAACUGUCAAAGGUGGCAUCGUGGAUGGAGCAAAGGAGAUACGAGAUUACUAAUGAGGCCACUGGGACCAAGCUGAGCAGCGAUGUUCAUGGAAAUAUUGUCAAGCCUGGUAUGAGGCUAUCGAUGGCUAUGAUGCUGUUUUUGGAGAAGGAACCUACGAGGCAAAGCCAACACGAGUGCCCAAAAUGGGGAAAGUGUUAUGAGGGGGACACAAGUGGGGUUCUGGAACGGGUUCAAUGUGAACAAUGCCAGACAACCUUUCAAGUAUCACUUGAGCCACGGAUUAUAGAGAUAGAUAAUACCAACAAGAACACGCGGGAUGAAAACACACUAAAGGUACAGACAGCUGGGGCCAGUGCUGUGGAUUAUCGAGAUAUAGGAUUAUUCCCUAAUAUCAACGAGAAUAUUCUCUGCACUGUGAAAACAAUGAAAAAUCAUAUUCUCCGAGCACAUAUCCGACCUAUUUCGUGUAUUCGCUGUGGCUUAUUCUUUGACAAAGCCUACGAGCUCAAUCACCACAUAAAGUCCCUUUGUGCGCGGGUGGCCCGCCAGGCCGUAGAUAGGAACCCGGAUAGGGUUCGAAUCGAAUCAGCAGAUAGAAUGAAUAGAAUCGAGUCAGCAGAUAGAAUAAAUAGCUGUCGAUCGUUGUCUGAAAUUCAGGCAGAACUCGACUCCAGGAGCUGGAGAUACGAUUACGUCGAUAGCACAAACAAUCUACACUUGCUACGCUCCACCAACUCUGGAGACCAACCAGUUGCUCUACUUCCCACUGAAUCGGAUUUCAUAGACGACCCGAUAUUUUCAGCUUCCGUAGAAUUUCCGACUGGAUAA